GGAUUUUUAUUUAAAUCGUUCUCUUUUUUUGUUUUGGGUAGAAUUUCGGGAUCUACAAAGACCGGUCAAUAACGGUAUGACGGAGUUUAUCGCUUGAACUGGCAAUGGAACCGACAAUGGGAGAAGAGCAGUGAUAAAUUCAUUCAAUUGGCGUAAAAGUUGGAUAGUUGAUAAGAGAUUGUAAAAUGGCUGAAGGAGGUGGAACACAGUUAUUGAAAGAUGGUUCUGAUGCUGACUUUGAUCUCACAUGCACACCUUGUGGAGAAGACAAUAUAAGAGAAGAGGCUAUCAAAUAUUGUCCUGAAUGCCAGGAGUACCUUUGUGUCACUUGUAAUCAGCAUCAUGGUCGGCUAAAAGCUACAAAGAGGCAUGUAGUUGUUGAUAAGGAUGCUGCCAAACAAUGCUUAGUUGUUGCCAAGGCCAAAUGCCAUUACCACCCAGAUCGUGACAUUGAAAUGUACUGCAAAACACAUGAUAUGGUUUAUUGUGUUAUGUGCAUUGCUACAGAACAUAGAGUGUGUGAGGGCGUUAACAAAAUAGAGGCCGUGUCUAAAUCUUGUGUAAAUCAGACAGAGAUUCAACAAUUGUUAGACGAAACAAAGAAGGUAAAAGACGUCUUGAGUGCCACGGUAAACAAACAAAAUGAUAAUCUUACAACCAUUGAUAAGCAGAGGGAGGUAAUUCAAGAAAAACUAGACAGUACUGAAAUGAAAUUGAUAGAGCAAAUCCGUCAAAUAAAGAUAAGGACAGAAGAUUGUUUAAAUGAGAAGCAUGCCACUUUGAAGGAAAAACUCGAUUUGAGCAUCGACCAAACUUCUUGCAAAAUAAAGGAGUUGACAGAAAAUGAGGGACAGCUGCAAAUAACUGGUAACCUUGAUAUAGAGCAACAAUUUGUUCACAUGAAAUUGAUGAGGAAAGCUGCUACAGACUCCUUCAAUUUACAAACAAGUAUUACAUCUGAUGGUACAUUGUCCUUAUAUUACACAAGUGAUACAAAAUUGGAUAGUUUGGUCAUGGCAGCCAAUGCUUUAGGUCAGGUGAUAUCAGACGAUGGAGGCAAGAAAGGUUCUGAACCAAAACACUACAGAAUAAAGUCGAAGAGAGAAAUCAAUGUGAAAAUGGACAACGAUGCAUCGCAAUGUAGAAUAAUCGAUAUAUGCCAGCUCCCUGAAAAGCAUAUCCUUGUUGCUGACAGAGGAAAUAAUAAAAUAAAAGAACUAAACGUAGACUACCUUAUAAUAAAUGUUUGUGACAUUGAAGCUUCACCUAGAGGUAUAUGUUUCAUCAGUAAAAAUGAAAUAGCUGUAAAGAUGGCUAACAACAAAGUCCAGUUUAUAUCAACUAAAUUCUCAAAUCUUACCAAGACAAGAAUUAUUUCAGUAGCAAAUGGAGAUCUUUACGGAAUGAUAUUUGUUGAUGAUGGCAUAUGGCUUUCCGGACCUGGUAGUAUUGAUAUAUACAAUACAGCAGGGACACUCACAAAAAAUAUAAAUAAUAGUGAUAUAUUCAAAAAUAACGUUAAAUCUCUCUGUGCCCAACAUAUGGCUGUUUCUGGUGGCAUGGUCAUUGUAACAGAUUUCUCUGAAGGUGCUGUGUGUUUGAACAAGAAUGGUACAGUUUUGAGAGAACUUCGAGAUCAAAAGCUGGAUAUGACUCGAGGUGUUUGCGAAGCUGAUGAUGGCACUGUCUUCUUGUGUGGUUAUGGAUCCGAUAAUAUUGUGAUGUUCAGUAAAGAUGGAAAAUGUCUUGGCGAGUUGAUUGCAGCAGAUCCUGAUUUGAAGGAUCCUAUUAAUAUGCUCUUUGACAAAGUAAACAACAACAUUAUUGUAACAUGUGAUGACAAUGCAAAUAUUUAUAUCAUAGAACUGGAAUAAUAGCAUGUUUCAGUAUAAUCAAUCUCGUAAACUCAUUCUAUAUUAGUUAAUUCAUUUACUUGUGGAAACCCUUGAUCACAAAAUAUUAUUCUUUGUAUCAAACCAUUAAUUAUAAAUAUAUAAAGGCAAAAUACAUGUAUAACUUGCAAACUAAUAUACAUGGAUGCUGUAUUUCACUAUUUUACUUGAAAACUAAUAUAUCAAUUUUUACAUUUACAAUGUAUUCAAUUCAGAAUUUGAUGUUUGUACCCUUAUACUGCUGAAUUAACGUGAUGCAUUUUGUUGUGUCCUUAAAAAGUUUAAGAGAUUUCAAGAUCAAAAUUUGAAAAUAAAUGAGCUACCAGCAGUAGAGUAGUAAAAAGCCUGCUACACUGGUCAAACUACAUGGAUGUUGACGUAUAAAUGCUAUUCAGUUAUGGUUUUAAGAUGCUCGGGGGUUAAAAUAAUAAGUAAAGAGAAAAUUUAUGUAGAAAUGUUCACAUUAUACUUUUUGCUUGGUUUAAGUAUCAAAUGCUGAUGAUUAUUCAUAAAAACAAUGCACAUGUAUAUUUUUGAAUACAUUCAAGAUAAAUCAUGUAACUCAUGAAUGUAUACAUACCAUAGAUACAUAUUGUAAAACCGGAAUAAAUUUUCCUUUUCAUUGUGA